AUUGGAAGAAACGCAGAAGCACACGUAGACGUACAAACACGUAAUUACAAAUAUACAUAAAUUCCCCAAAGCCCUUGAGGAAAUCAAAUCAUUAUGGACGGAAAUGCACCAACACCAACGCCAGCAAUACGUUCGGCCGUUAAUGUGCCACGCCCUGGGGCAAAUCCUGCACCCCGAACUACGGCUACCACAGCCCCUCCAAUCGCUCCAAGUAGUGGCACGCGGCCACUACCCCCGUCAACAUCGCUGUCCGCGGAGCAGCACCGCCUCCGAUGCCCGCUAUGUCGUCACCCACACCGGUUGCAACAUUGCGGCAUAUUUAAAGGUAUGCCACCAGUCCAACGACAGCAAAUCGCCCAGGCACAUGGACACUGCCUGAAUUGUCUGGCGCACACCCAUGCAACAACCGCAUGUGAGUCAAGGGGGCUUUGUCAGAUGUGCGGUGAGCAACAUCACACACUCCUUCACCGUACCGCGAGGCGCGACAAUGGUCGACUAACUGCCUCCCAUCGCCGCGGCGUAGUCAGGCGACUCCCAAGGCAGGCAUCAGCACGACCCCGCCGAUCGGCACCCCCUCCGGAGCCACGUUCCUGGCGCCCACGCCACGACGCAAUUACGCGCCGUAGUCAGCUUAGGCCACAACCCCGCCGUGCCACUGGGCUGAGCAGCGUCGUCUACACGCUGCAACAACUUCAGCGUCUGCUAGGCUAAUAUUCGCCUAGGGGGGCCGGGAUGGCUAAAUGAGCCUACGUCGUCCCGAAAACCUACACCAACACACCUCACACAUCACUGACACGCAACAUUCACCACAUCACCUCUCGCAACAUUCACCACCUCACCUCACGCAACAUACACCUCACACAACGACACUACCACCCAGGAUACACAACACACCAGGCGAUCACCCCACCAACCAUCAACAAAAACCACGGACACUCGAAGCGGCGGCACUCUUUUGCGGAUCGAAGUCGAAGCGGACACCUCGUCAACGUUGUAUUCCCGUCGCAAUAUAAUACAUCAGCGGACCUGAGCCGGACAAUCCAUUUUUUCUCUGUACACAUUUACAUUUUUUAUACAUUUUCUUUGCGCUGCGUCGCAAGUGUUUUGGUUUUAUUGAGUGGCGUUUAAUAUUUUAAAACAAAAAAUUAAUAAAACUGUUGCAUUUUUAACACAAAGGAAGUGGUGAGUGUGAUUUAAUUCCAAGAGGUUGGAAUAAAAUU